CGGGCCUGCGCGUGGCCGUAGGCGGAGCUGUGGUGAAACUUGCCGCGGACCCUGGCCCAGUCCGGGCGUAGAGGCCGGCCGGACGAGCCAUGGCCGGGGGCUUGGCUGUGGGGAUUCUCCGCGCGGCCUGCCUGGUGCUCCAGUUGGGCUUCAUCUGUGCUUCCCAGAAGAUAUAUGGCACUGUAAACAAGAGUGUAACCUUGUACCCAUCAGGCUCUGUUCUCAUUAAAGAGAUCAUGUGGAGAAAAGGAAAAGAUAAAGUCGUAGAAUGGGAUGGCGAAGACGCAGAGCCCAGAGCUUACCCACCUUUCCUAAAUCGGGUGCAUCUAAACGUCACAUCAGGAAGCCUCACCAUCUUUAACGUAACAUCAUUGGAUGAAGAUGAGUACGAAGUCGACUUUCUGAGCAAUACCAAGACCAAGUUCUGUCUCCACGUCUUAGAGCCUCUUCCGCCCCCGGCACUAAAUUGCAUGCUCACUGCUGAAGACAUUACGGUCCACUGCAGGGUCCCCGAGUCCUACAGCAGCCACAGGAACCUUACCACGUACUCAUGGAACUGCUUCUCGGUCCCGUGUCAGAACAGCUCCAAUUCAUCUGAAGUUUCUAUUAAGCGGGAAAAUGACCUCUCACAGGAAGUACAAUGUAGCAUCAGCAAUCCAUUGUCCACUCAGACCUCAUCACUGGUUUUAGCAACCUGUGUCCCAGGUAAUUCAAGGGCACAUUUUGUGAUUAUACCAGCAGUAAUUUUGGUGGUAAUAGCGGCAGUAGUUUUAUGGCUGUAUAGCAAAGAUCUUCUGAAAUGUAGACAAGGAGCCAGAACCAACUCCAGUUGACCAGUACUGCCUGAUGAAAUCAAAUGUACAGUAACUAAGUUAUUUAAGUAACCAAAAACCACCUGAUUUACCAUCCAAGUUUGACAUCAUGAUCAAUGAAAUCCUGGAAUCCUAACCUGAACUUCCUUCAGAAGAAGGUUUUUUUGAGGGAACUCUUCGGGGGGGGGGGGUCAGUCGAUUGAACUUCCAACUCUUGGUUUUGGCUCAAGCAUG